UAGUGAAAUAGUUUAAUUUUAUGUUGAUUUAAAUAAGUAGUGAUAAUUAUUUUAAAAUGCAGCAGGGAGAUGAUCCCCCCUUUUUACAAGUGGGUACAGAAGUUAGUGCAAAAUAUAAAGGUGCAUUUUGUGAAGCCAAAGUUAGAAAAGUGGUUAGAAACAUUAAAUGCAAGGUAACUUUCAAGCAAGGAUUGGGAUCAUUAACAGUAACUGAUGAACAAAUUAAAGGAAUUUUACGAGUUGGAGGUAUUGUUGAAGCUCGGCACCCAGACAGGCGUGAAUAUGUGGAAGCAACUAUAACAAAAAUUCAAGACUGCAGUCAAUACACUGUUGUGUUUGAUGAUGGGGAUAUUACAACAUUGAGAAGAUCUGCUUUGUGUUUGAAAAGCGGUCGACAUUUUAAUGAAAGUGAAACCUUAGAUCAAUUACCUUUAACUCAUCCUGAGCAUUUUGGAAAUCCUGUUAUUGGCGGACGUCGAGGAAGGAGAUCAAGGCAACUUGUUGAUGAUUCAUCUGAUGACGAUGCUGAUAGCUUGAGCACAAAAGAUGGAAAUAGCACUGAAAAGGAAGAGCACAUCGGCAAGGUUGUGUGUGUUGAAACUUCAGACACUAAAAAACGUAGUCCAAAAGAAACAUGGUUUCCAGGUUGGUUGUUGCCCCAACAGCGCAAGACACUGUUAGAAUUCGGGUGCGAGAUGAGUAUUUGGUGCGAUCAUUUAAGGAUGGCCGAUACUACACCGUUCCCAAAAAAGAAGCCACAGAAUUUACACGAGAAUUGGCAGCUCGUCAAGAUGGCCCAGCGGUGAUGGCUGCUCUGCAAUAUCUUGAUAA